AUGGAAGAGCUCCAUCGCCGGCGGUGCUCGCCGGCAUGUCCUCUGCCGGCCACUGCCAUCCUCUUCCAUCUCCUCUGUUCUUUUGUACGAACUGCACAAGCCCAGGUGCUCGACAACCCUACUGCCGCCGUACCCACCAGGUGGCCGAUCACAACCCCCAUGAGAAAUUUCACCUUCAACGACGGGUCGCAGGUGAGGCCGAUCCUCCUCCGGCGGAAUAGGCAAGGGUUCGGAAUCACCUACGCCUGUGGCUUCUACUGCCGAGGGGAUUGCGCCUCCUUCCUCUUCGCCAUCUACAUCGUCCACUCCAACAGCGGCGGCGGGAUCGUCCUCCCGGCGAGCGGGUUCCCGCAGGUUGUGUGGGCCGCCAAUAGGGCCCGUCCGGUUACUCAGAACGCGACGCUGGAGCUGGCCUCCGAUGGAGAUCUGGUCCUCACGGACGCCAACGGGACCAAGGUUUGGUCAUCCGGCACCUCCGGCAAGUCCGUCGCCGGCAUGAACAUCACGGAAUCCGGGAACCUGGUUCUCUUCGGCGGCGUCAACAACCAGACCAUAUGGGACUCCUUCUCCAGUCCGACCGACUCCCUCGUCCCCGGACAGAAGCUGCAGGUGGGUCAGGCCCUCACGGCCAACGACUCCGCCGCCAAUUUCACAGAGGGCCUCUACUUCCUCUUUGCCAACUCCACGGGGCUGAUCGCCUUCGUCGGAUCCAACCCACCCGAGAGAUACGCUUCCUACACACCGCCGACCAGCGCCCAGGGAACGACGAUAGGGUUCUUCGAGUUCAGGAACGGAAGCCUCUUCACGAACACUUCCGACCAGUACCUUCCACCUUCCCAGUACCUGCGGCUGGAGUCGGACGGGAGCCUCGUAGUGUACGAGUGGAGAUCAGAGGGAUGGGUCGCCGGAAGGGAUCUCCUCAAUGAUCGUGGGACUUCCUGUUUCUAUCCGACGGUGUGCGGUAGGUACGCGAUUUGCUCCGGCAACAACCAGUGCAGCUGUCCCCAGUGGGACGCCGGCGGAAAUGACUUUUUCCUGCCCAUCGACGACCGGAACCUUGGAUCGGGAUGCAGGGAGGUGACGCCUCUGUCGUGCGAAGCUCCGCAAAAUCACAGUGUGCUGCGUCUGAACGAUGUAUCUUAUUUCACAUACGACCAGAAGCCUGCCGACAUCUCCGACAUAGAUCCUGUGGAAUGCAGCGCCGCCUGCUCGCGGAACUGUUCGUGCAGGGCGGCCUUCUUCAGGUACGGGACCAACGCUUCCGCAGGGAACUGCUUCCUGACCUCUGAGGUCUUAUCGUUGAAGAACCACCAGCCCGAAGUGGCCCAUUACAAUUCCACCGCCUUCAUCAAGGUUCAGAUCCCCGUCACAAACGUCUCCUUGACGAUGGGGAAUGGUACGACCGCCAACAAAGGGGUGAUCAUCGGGGCCACCUUAGGUGCCGCUUCCGCGCUUCUCGUCGUUGUCGGCUGCGGAAUUUUCAUCGCGAGGAACAGGGCCGCUGCGUCGAGGGACCCUGAAGAGGAGGCUGAUGAUGAUCUUGAACACGUCUCGGGGAUGCCGAGGAGGUUUUCUCUGGAAGAACUGCAAGCAGCGACUGAGGGGUUCUCCAAGAAGCUCGGCCAGGGUGGCUUCGGAUCAGUGUUCGAGGGGAAGAUGGACGGCCAGAUGGUGGCGGUGAAGCGCCUCGACGGCGUGGCCGAGGGGAGGAAGCAAUUCAUGGCGGAGGUACAGACCAUCGGCAAAAUCCACCACUUCAACCUGGUGAAGCUUGUCGGAUACUGCGCCGAGAAAUCAUCUAAGCUUCUGGUCUACGAGUUCAUGCCCAACAGCUCACUGGAUCGAUGGAUCUUCCCCAAAGACCGGAAAGAGAGUGCUCUGGAUUGGCAGAAGAGGCGCAAGAUCGUCCUGGGCAUAGCCAGGGCGCUCACCUACCUCCACGAGGAGUGCGCUCAGAAGAUCGCCCACCUGGACAUCAAGCCCCAGAACAUCCUCCUGGACGAAAGGUUCGAGGCCAAGGUCUCUGAUUUUGGGCUUGCAAAGCUGAUCGACAGGGACAAGACUCAGGUCGAGACGAGGAUGAGGGGAACCGUCGGGUACCUAGCUCCCGAGUGGCUGAGCUCGAUGAUCACCGAGAUGGCCGACGUCUACAGCUUUGGGGUGGUGGUCCUGGAGGUCGUCACCGGUAGGAAGAACCUGGAUCGGUCUUUACCGGAAGAUGACGCCUUGUUGGUUGAAGUGACGAGGAGGAAGGCGCGGGGCGGAGAACUACGAGAUCUGAUAGACAGGAGCCUAGAGGGACUCGAAGAUACUAUUGAAGAAGCGACGAGGAUGCUGCAGCUGGGCCUGUGGUGCUUACAACAUGACCACAAGAGGCGACCUUCCAUGUCGACGGUGGUGAAGGUACUGGAAGGGGCCGUGGCUGUAGAAACUGAGCUGGAAGAUGGCUCCUGGAGUUCACCUGCCAUUUACUUGAGUAGCAACGAAGCCAGUGGUUCCGCUCCAUUGUUGGCAUCUGUGCUCUCAGGACCCCGAUAG